AUGUCAAUCCAACUUCCCAAACUCCCUGUCCCUGUAUCUGAAUUCGUCCGAUAUGCUGAAAAACAGCCACACUCACAAGCUGGUGUGACCCAGGCUGUGGAGCCGUUCAAAGCGUUUGAGGGCAAGCUGCGAGAAAUCUAUGCUCAACAACCUGAGCAUCCUGCUGUGACCGAAAACCAUCUAAUUCCACUCUUUGAGAAUGCUCCUUUCACAACCAGAGCAAGGAACUUGAGCAAGGAAUCGACCCCUGAGAAGGAAAGUUACCUAUUGUCUCUCCCAGAUCAUCUUCGCCGAAAAGAUGGCUCUCCAGCCAUUGUUCAAUCUUUGAAAGACUUCCGAACCAAUUUCAACAUCUUUUCUGAGUCUUCCUUGACUGAACUCAAGUGGGAUAAUGUGGUUGUCGCUGGCAGCGCUGUCAACACUUCUCUCUUGCCCCUUGACGCUCCUUACAGCGAAUCCAAGCGAGCUCUCCGCAAUUACUAUCACGACAAACUCGCUCCUGCGUCUGACGUGGAUCUCUUUCUUUAUGGCCUCAAUGAGGAGGGGGCAAUUGAGAAAAUCAAGCAGAUCGAGACAAGCAUUCGGGACAGCAUCCUCGCGGAAACCACGACCGUUCGAACUAAAAAUGCAAUCACUAUUGCCUCUGAGUAUCCUGUUCGCCACGUUCAGAUCGUAUUGCGCCUAUACAAGAGUAUCUCGGAAAUUCUCACUGGUUUUGAUGUUGAUUGCUCUUGCGUCGCUUACGAUGGCCAACAAGUAUGGGCAUCACCUCGUGCUGUGGCCGCAUUCAUGACGCAGGUGAAUUCCAUUGACUUGACAAGACGAUCACCUUCGUAUGAAAAUCGCCUUUCUAAAUACUCCCAUCGAGGCUUCGAAGUUUACUGGCCACUUAUUGAUCGGAAACGAAUCGACCCUACCAUCUUCGAACGCUCUUUCUCUCGGGUACAAGGGCUUGCUCGACUUCUUGUUCUUGAGAAACUUCCACUUCCAACUGACAGAGAUGACUAUCUCGCAAAGAGGAGAGAGGAACGAGGCCGUCCUCCAAUUCCUCAGAACCACAGAUUCCACAAGAAAUUAAAGGGUAACCUGAAGGACGCACAGCCGGAUGAUAUUGCUGAAUGGGUAGAAGACGAUGUUUCAAAUUAUCAUACGGUCACCAUUCCUUAUGGCCCUACCUAUAACGCGAAGCGGAUUGAAAAGCUUCUUUUCACCAAAGACUUGCUUCUUAAUGCCGAGUGGAAUAAGCCGAAGGACAGAGAGGCAGAGCUCCACCGCCAUCCAGCGUUCUUUGGCUCCAUUGAAGAUGUUAUCCAUGACUGCUGUGGGUUUUGUCCAAAGGCGACUACGGAUGCAGAUCUUGCUGUGCUAGAGGAAGAAGGCAAAAAUUACGUUUCUGGGGACGUUACGUUUCUCAAAGACGACCCGGGUCGCCAAGCUAUUGGCAGUUUCAAUCCUAUCACGAAUGAAGACUGGACCGAGAUGGCGUACGUUGGGAACACAACCAGACUUUGUCAAGCUAUUGUGGGCCACGAUCUUGACGCUGUUCGAGAUUGGUUUUCAUCGCUUGAAGAGACCGAUGUCAACAGACGUGACCAUGCUGGACGAACUCCUCUUCAGCUGGCUGCCAUGUGUUCGACUCCUGAAAUUGUUCAAGUGUUGAUUGAACAUGGCGCUCGCCUCGUUUCAAGGCUGUACAAUGGAAUGACUGCUCUUCACAUCGCAGCCUAUCGUGGAGAGGUUCAAAUCGUCAAAGCCAUCCUGGACAAAAGCCUUGCUAACGAGGAAGAAGAGUCUCGCAAGGAAGACGUUCGCAAGACAGCAAGACGUGGAGCUGCAGGCAUCGUGACCAAGGAAGAUCAUGAAGGCGGGCCGUCAAUUUCCGAGAACACACCUAAAUCUAUCGAUGAUUCGGCCGAAAGUGAGGAAGACGAGUGGGAGGACGAGGACAGUGAUAGUGUGACAGAAGGCUCAUACAUCAAAGUCCGAGAAAAAAAUGAUGCACCUGACCCUUUGGCUGAAGACAAAGAUGACCCGGACGUCUAUGAUGUGGAUGUUUUGGCAUGGGACAAUCCAUUAAGCCCCCUCCACCUCGCCAUCCUUGCCGGUCACAUCAAUAUCAUUGAACUUUUGAUCAACAAAUACGGUGCCGACGCCCUUCUCCCUGUCAAGGUCGUGGAUGAUUAUGAUCGCAAAGAUGCCAAAGCUGCCAUUCUGUCCAUCGUCCUAGCCUUGGAGUUGCCUUUGCGACAGGCAAAUGAUACGGUUAAAGCCCUCCUCGCUCACGGAGCUACUUCCACUCAGGCAGAUAUGAACCAUAUCUCAGCUUUGCAUUAUGCAGUCAAUAAUGGAAAGACUCUUGUGGUAGAGACAUUGGAAAAUGCAGAUCCUGCCGCAGUUGCCACCGCUUGUAACUUCGUUACAGCAAAAGGGUAUCGGACAUCCCCUUCAGUUCAGGCUCCGAUCUUAACUGCGAUACGAACCGGACGGAAAGAUCUUGUGGAGAAGGUUGUCAGUAUGGGCGCGAACCUUGAAAUAACUUUUGAAGCUUUUGAGCAAGCUUACAAGCGUGGGGUUUCUUGGCCUGACGAUGACCACGAUCGGGUGAAAAAGGUAUGGCAAAGAAAUGUCGAACAACCCAUCAUACUUGCUGCAAAGAUGCAAAUGCUAGAUUUUGUGGAGUAUGCCAUCGACCAUGGUGUGAACGUCAACACUAUUGCAAAGGGAGCUUGGGAUUUCCUUGAUCGGUCUUCUUGGGGAUGCGAAGAUAAGUCGUUGGUGGACAUCAUCAAUGAUCACAUCAAGGAUCUGAAAAAAGCCUUGUAUCCAGCAAACACCGAAUAUAUCCCGAAGCCAGCUGACUUAGAGAAGGAUCAGCACUACCUCAUUUUCCCCAAAGGCACUUACCGAUAUUGGACAGUUUAUCAUGAUCUCCAUGAUGCCAAAUUGCUCCACAACCACCAAGUCCAGCAAUUCCGUUCAGAACAGCAUCAACGACGAGAUGAGGAUCAAGAGGGCACAUCGGAGAAAAAUGCUGCGAUAGAGCAGACUAUCACUAAACUCGUCAAUCUUGAAGAUAAACUUCGAAAGCGGGGGGCGGUAUCGUUUCGAUGCUUGUACCCGGACGCCCACAGGAAUGCCACCCGUCGCGUAUACUAUCCAAACGGCAUAAAAGAUUCGCCAUACGAGAGUAGCAUCUCGUUCGGAUCUGCAGACAGCACAGCCGAGAAAAAAGCGCAGUACAUUCAAUUGUUUGAAGCUUGCUGGACCGGAGAUACUGAAACCGUCAAGUCCCUCUGCCUCGCAAAAAAGGAACCUUUGAAAGUUGCAGUCAAAGACAGUCGAGGUUGCAGCCCUUUCUCCGUUGCAACGCUCCAUGGCCACUAUGACCUGGCACAGCUCAUUGUUGAAAUUGCGACCGUUCAGUUUCAGCCAAAGUCUGAAUCAGAAAAGUAUCGGUAUACCCUUGACCCUGGAUAUCAUCGUCACCAUGAUAGCCUUGACCAUGGCAGUGACAGUGAUAGUUGCUGCGAUAGUGAAGACACUUAUCAAAGUGAUAUAGGUAUACUUGCACAUCUUAUUAAGGAUAAAUUCACCGUGGAUGAUAUCACGGCCCUGGCUGAUAGUGUUCAGUCAAAUGUUGAUCCACUCACGAUGGUGUCUUGGGAGUUCCCGGUUUCAAGAGCUGUUGAGAGCAGCAAUGAAAGCAAGCGGAUUAUGCGGUUCCUUUCACGCCUGACCACGCCUAGCCCGUAUGUUGGAGACUACCCAAGUACUUCAUGGGGAUGGUUCAACGCCGCUUUCAGCGCGAUCAGUUCACACAACGUUGAUUCUCUUGUUAGGUUCGCUAUUGUUACAGAUGAUAUACGGCUUUUGAGAUUUAUCAUCAAGAUUGGGAAUGAGCUCACUCAACAGAAAAGUGAUGAGGGUGCUCUCAAAGCAUUCCCGAUCGAUCACACUGAUUUUCGACUGGCAAUCCGCUUAGGACGAGUGGAGAUGAUCGCGGAGAUCUUGAAAUCAACAGGGUUUGGGUUUCCACUUCAGAAAAUAAUCCAACAGUCGGGCGUUAAGCUUGAGCGAUCGCCGGAUCAAUAUCAAGGCUUGACAGUGCACGGGAAGAAGCGGCAACAUUAUGUCGACGCUGCCAGGGGAAGACCUUGGACAGUUCACGAUGGCUCUGACUUCGGAGUCCCCCUCCUGGCCGCCAUCCUGGAGGGCAACAUAGAAUCAAUGGAGUACUUCAUAUCUGAUUCUCCAUUGAGACGAUAUUUAGAAUUUGCAAAUACGUUCAAGGACGACAAGAGAAUUCAAGCACUAUCGAAGACGGAUGGUGGGAUUGAAGGGACACUAACUUCAUGGCUGGAAACCCGGAAUAACCUUGCGCUUCACAUGGCUGUAUUAUCACCGCCGAAUGAAGAUGGAUCGCAGCCAACUGUUGAGUACCUUUUGAAGAAAAUGCCUCACUUAUUGGAUGUUCGAUCGGUUGACGGCAAAACGCCCCUACAGCUGGCUUUUGAAGCAGGUCGUUAUUAUGCAGCCGAGAAAUUGAUCAACGCUGGAGCAAAUCAAGCCACCAAAGAUAACCUUGGUCGAAACAUCCUUCACACUAUUCUGAGCGGCCCUAGUGUUGACAACCACGCGGUGCUUCGCUCACUUUUCGAUCUGCUUGACAAAAAAUUGGUCCCAUCUCUUCUCCUCGAGCGUUCUGGGAUCGACUUAGGCACUGCAACACCGCUGGUCCUGUUCAUCAAUAGCGGUUUCCGUUCGCCUGGUUGGGAAGAAAGCUUAAAGCUUAUCGUGGGGUUCUCAGAAGGCAAGGACCUUGAGAAAAUGAACGGGGCUGGCGACUAUCCCAUCCACAUUGCGGUACGGCGUGAGGAGAUCGACCUGGUAAAAUUUCUAGUCUACUAUCGCCCUUCACUACUCUAUCGGGAAAAUGCCACAGGCAUGACACCUGUUGAUGUUGCAUCAACGACUUUCUUGCGAAGCCACAUAGACAACCCUCCUGAGCUCUCCCAGAGAAAUUAUUGGAGCAUAAAGGAUCAGUCUGCAAGGAGCUUUGUUAUCAAGAGCGAAGAUGAUGUUGAAAUCGAUCAUGAAAUGAUGGACGAUGAGGAGGAAAAGUUCGGCCACACAAUCAACAUGAAGCGUCGCAUGUACCGCUUCAUCAACGCCCUCGUGGCGAAGUUUCCGGGAACAAGGAAAUUGGUCUCUCUUCACGAUGCAAAUGAAGUUGCCAAGCGCCUUGCUUUCCUGCAGCAGAAAACCAGCGAAAUUAAUCGGCGCCUCGAAAACGCUCAGUCAAAGCGUCAAGACGACUGGGGUGAAUCCCACCAUUUCAGGGCAAAUGCCGAACAGGAGGCGGUGCAAGACGAGGUAUCGCGUUCAGCCCAUGCUAACCCAGACCUUCUAGAUUUUGGAUCAUUGAAAUGGAGGAAGGAGGUUGCGAAAGAAGAGAAGAUUGACAAGGUCAUUGAGAAGCAACGGAAGUUGGACAGCCAAUGGUAUGAUGCAGAUGGGAUCAAGGAGACCGAGAACCCAUUCUUCACAAAGUCGUCCCAAGAGCUUGCAAGCAUUGGGGGAUAA